GAAUGCAAAACUUGCUGAACUAAAGAAUUAUGAACUAUUUCAACACAUGUUCCGACAUUAUGUAUUUGAAAGCUGAUGAACCGUGCAGUUAUGCAAUAUAUAGGAAUUGGGUAUUGUUUCUUCAAAUAUAUUAUAUAUUAUCAAGACAGAUAGUUUCUCCUGUCCAAAUAACUAUGCCAGAUUUGCGAUCUUCCCAAAACCAGAGUGCUGCUGAUCAAUAUGUUGAUGCUAUUCAACAAUCGUGGAAAGAUACUAUAUCGAAUGAAAGAGACAAUUUCAAUUCCAAACGAUCAGAUUUUAAUCACCACAAAAUAGUGUAUGAACAGUGGAACGAUUCGAAACAGCGUAUUGCCAAACAUUUUCGGUCUUCUCCAAACAGUAUACAAUUGGGAUUGUUAGUAAAAACAGUUUCAAAUCAAAAUGAAGAUCCCGUCGGAGUCGGAAAAUAUGAAGCUCAAGGAGAAGUCAGUAAGAUUCACCAAACACAGAACGUUCCGGAUUCUAUCGAGAAAUGUGCAAAAACAAAACUCUUGAAAAGAAUACGCAGAUCUGAGGCUACAACUACAGUUGCUCACACAACUACAGCUGAUGCUACAACAACAG